AUGAAAAAGCAGUGCCGACUGCAAACUGUCUACGGCGGCGGCGUGAUGGGGUACCGGCACGUUGCGCGAACUCACAAGGAUUCAAUCUACACUGGCCUUGUACCGUCCUCGCGGUCGACAAAGCAGCAACUCGCCGCUGCCGACGAGAAGCUGUACAAGCGACUGACUGCGUCGUACACCAACAACGGCAGCACCAACAGUGCCUUACAGCACCGCUCUGCCACCAGCGUCUCUUCAGGUGUUGCGUCGAGGAAGACGCGCAGUGGCAACUCGACGUAUUUGCCCACCUACGGGGACGCGCGUCAGCGAUGCACCGUAGAGGACCUCGAUGAUGACGUUGCGGCCGCCGCCGCUUCAGAGGGCACCGCUGUGGGCUUGCGAGAGUCUUCCGCUGUUCUGCUACAAACUCUCGACACUCUGCAGACAUUCACCCCGAAGAAGGACAACGGCCACUGCAAUGGAGAAAGCGAUGAUUCUCAAAACCGAAACGGUGAUACCAGCUACCCUACCACUGCGGCAGCAGCUGUCGUGGCGGCGCCGUUGCCAAUGCCAGAGACUAGAGGUCCUCCCUCUCGCCAGAAGUCUGCAGGUGAUCCUUCUUCGGCGCCCAGCUCUUGCCCUACGCGCAUCACAGCCGGCAAGCCGUUAGCCAAAGGCGGAAACGCCAACGCUCAGUGCCUGCGCAAGGCUUCGUCCUUUCGACACCAGCGUAGCAGCCGCCCCAGUCGCUCCGAGAGCAGGCCGGGCAGCUCGGUCAUAUAUGUUGGUGACUUAGCUGAAGUUGAACAGCGGCACCGGCCCAUCCGUCGUCUGAGCUCCUCACAGAACCUGCCCGUCACCUGGAUUUGCCCACCGACGCGCGGGCAGCGGCAGCGGUCAGGUCGAGUGCGCUCCGCCAAAGGAAACUCGAGGCCACAGUCAUUCCGCGCUCCGCUAACGGGGUCACCUGCGGCGCAGGCACGUGCGCCGCUAACACCUUACCGUCCCUCAUCAACAACGACGCCACACAAGAGGCAGAAUACCGCACAAGCCCGCUCGUCGAACAAUGAAGCUUCAUUGAGCUUUGCUCACGCAGGAGAAAAAACAAACGACGAGCGACGCGCACUGCAGUACCGGCUCCAUAACUCCCGUGCCUCUUUCUCGUGCGAAAGCGAACCGGCAAUGCCACAAGUGGUAGCGGGGCAUCUUUCGGGUGGUGUACCAGGCCACGGCCAUGGCAACAAGGACAGCCAUCAGCUCCCAUCCCAUGGGAGCACUGCUCAGCUGCCAGAGCUGCCAACGCAACACCCCCCCUCGACGCCAUCUCAACACGCGGCGCUCAGUGCCGUCCCACCAACCCUUGACGAGGUGCUUCAGCGACGUCGUGUUGGAGUCAAGGCGCAGCCCAGAGACCCCUCAGCUGCGGUACCACAUUCUCCACAUGCCGCCUACUCCCGCAGCGGCGACGGAUGGUCCGCCGCACCGAGGCUUUUUCAUCAGCCUUCCGGGUCAGCUCUCUACACGUCGGGUCAACAUCCGUACUAUGUACCUAAGCAGCGACAACAACGCCUUGGGCCCAACGGACACACCUAUGGCGUUGCGCACUACGACGGAGAUCAGCCCCACCCUGCAACAGAUGUACCUAAUGAUUACAAGAAUAAUAGCGGUGGUGGUGAGGGUUUCCUUCCAGCGUUGCGACAGGCAGAGCCGUCGUACAUGCGGCCCGCCGGCGGCCCCACAGCAAGACGGUGGCGGGCACCGGUGCCACCGGCCGAGCGUCAUGCCUUUGUGGAGUUGUUUGACCCACUGGUCGGCGGCAGCGUCAGUCCCACUCUUCCUCACCAGCCUAAACGACCUCAGCAGCAGUCGCAGCGCCAUCCGCAGCAGCCGACUGUCGAGCUAUUUCGAAGCAGCCAUCGACGUCGAAGGGACUUUGCCGAAGUCAAGGCGGCUCCUGCGUGGCCGAACGCAUCUCCUAUACCGGAGAUGAGCCCACAAAUGCUGCCACAGCGGCAGGCAAAGGCAGACGUGGCAAGUAGCGAGCCCGAAGACAUGGUGCGGCCGGACCUGGAUGGAAACGGCGUGUGGGCUGCGUCGCAUGGCUACCCAGCUGUGGCUCCUCCGCGAACGACUGCUGCCGCUGGAAAUGACGCCUGCGCCACCAGAGCUCAGAAGCGCCAGCGCAACAUCCGAAAGGCGGCGGAGCGGAAUAAGCGACUGUACCAUACGUUUGCGCCAUACAUGGCUAGCCUGCGAACCGUCCCCGGAGCCGGCGGGCGAGUCCGCGCGGUACAGCCCAAGACAAAGAAAAGCAGCCGCUUACAGCAGCACCGCGGCAACGGCAGCGUACGAAGUCAUCGGCAGCCGGUAGACUACGCUUCGUUGGCGGUGGCGCGUGACUCGCUAGAUCAUCUGCUGAGUCGCCAUGGCUUCUGGGGUGAGGCAAUGACGAGGUGCUAG